CACAGCUUAAACAGGUAAAGUUCUACUUCACCAUUUCUGUUCCCUUCAAAAUUAAAUAGCUUAAUAAUAUAAAAAUGGAGGCUUUCGUCGGCAGUUGGAAACUUAUCCAAAAUGAGGACUACGAUAAGUUCCUGAGAGCAACCGGUGCCGAUGAAGAAGUGAUUUCUGUUUCAAAUGUAGUUAGGCCAGUUGUCACAAUUUCCAAAGAUGAUGACGUUGUGGUCGUUAAACUACAGAGUGCCAUUGGUGCUGAAGGCUUCUCAUUCAGAUUGGGUAAACAGUUCUACCACCAGAAAAAGGAUGGCAGAUACUGCAACGUUGUUGUAGAUCUGGAAGAAAACCAACUUAUACAGGUGGAGAAGUGGGACGGUAAUGAAGCUACAUCUAUCGCCGAGGUCAAGGAUGGGAAACUGUUCAAGACAAUAAAAUUUAAGGACGUCACAGCAGUGCAAACAUAUAUGAAGAUCUAAAAGUUGGACGACCUCCCGUCUAUUCUGCUAGUACCCACCCCCACCGCCUCCUCCUCCACUCCCCCCCCAAAAGCCUGCAGACUGGAAACAUUUCUAAAAAGGAAAUGCCUCCAUUAUCUUGCACAUCAUGUGUCCAAAUGUGCAUUAUAAACCCUUUGAAACCAUACUCAAUAAAGAAUUAUGUACAAUA